AUGCGUCUUAAUACUUCCACUUCCACUCUCUUUGCUCUAUCGUCACUCUUUUUGUUAUCAUCAGGGCUUCCAUUUGCUCAGAAAGAUGUUGUUUGGGUGGAGCACGUAAAGAGGGCUACAUACUCUGUUGUGAAUGUAGAUGGAGAUUCUUCAACUUCCACAAGUUCUGGGAAUGGGCAAGCCGCGAGUACUGUUGUAGAAACAGUUACCAAGACCGAAGGGCAGGCAACGAAGACAAUUAUCAAGACCGAUGCUACUACAUUGCCAGCAACCACAAAUUAUGUAGUCUCGACUCGGACCGUAAAGGAUUCUGACACAACUGAGACUGUUCUGAUUACCAUUACACCAUCUCCAACGACGAUCACUAGCGUCAGUUAUUCAAUCGUCGACGUGACCGUUCCAGUGACUGUUCCCGAGCCGUCAUCAUCAAAACAAACUUCUGCCCACGCAAACUCCUCGACUUCAACAUCCACAUCAAGCUCUUCAAGAAAAGUUACCUCCAGUUCAGCAUCCAUUAUAUCGAGUACUCCGGCGUCAUCCAAAUCAUUGGCGACAACGCCCUCGUCCUCAUCCGCAUCUCACACAGCAUCCAAACCAUUACUAUCGAUAUUUUCCACAAAAGGCACAUCAGCUUCAACCACACGACCAACUGUGUCGCCUUCAACUUCCUUCAAUGCUUCCGGAUCGUCCAGUGCAGCCGCAUCUUCCUCGACGAAUCUGACCUUGUCUUCUACCAGCGCUACCGGCUUGACGAUUUCCCAAGCAUCUAGCCCUACCUCAACGCUCGAAGUAUCCUCGAGCAGUUGCACCGACGAAUCAUCGACCAUCUCAUCUCCCACGACUACUCUUUCGUCCUCAUGGUUUACUUCUUACAAGGAAAUAUCCUCAAGUGUAUCUACCAUCACAGUUUCACCCAUAACGACUACUACUUCAUAUAAUAAUGGGCACUGGCAUACUAGUUAUCCUUCUUGGAAUUCUACCACUGAUCUUCCAAGAAGUUGA